UGACCCCGGAGAAAAAAGUGAAGCAACGUUUCCUACCAAAGUUUCGCCCGCGUUCAUCAACCAAAACCACCAGCGCCCGCUUCUAGCUGUAAGGAGAACAACAUUUGAAGGUCUGGGCUCGUAAAAACGAUGUUUGCCGGAGGGGGGGGGUUGGAUGAAGUUCGUCGCUUCUUCGUGUCUUCGCGGUCGGCUCCUUCUGUGGGCGCUCAGCUGCGCACGAGAGGGGUGCGAGUGACGUCAACGGUCCUGAGUGGACGAAGUGGACGCGAGCUCUCCCUCUGAAGUGACCGAGUGGAUUCACUGUCUCACCUGAAAACAUUUUCCUAAUUAGGCACAUUUUAAUAGUGACUGUCGACAAACAGCAGGUGGUUUUCACUUGGUUAACUCAACAGGUGCCUCAUACACACGCAAACAGGCGCACUCUGCAGGAGGAAGAAAACCUAACUCGGAUGUGGUCAUUUCUUUGUAAUGACAUGAAAGCACUGACAUUAGCUAAGUUCAUCGUGGGUGGAGAAAAUAAAGGGGAAGCUGAAGACACUGGACCUAUUGGUUUUGAGACAGAGAAGUGAACACAGCUGUGACCAGACACUGACAGGAAGCAGUGGGAAAACAAGCGAAAGAAAACUGAGGCUAGUACAGGUGAAUUUAAAGGAGGGUGAACAGAAAACCACAGCAGGAGGAGAACAUCAAGUGAAGUCAUGGCACAUCAUCAGCAAAGCUGCUGCUUUCUCAUCAUUCUGUGCGUGAGAGGUGUUCUGGGUGGUGAUUGGUCAGUUGUUCUCCCCUCUAGUCCCAUUUGUGCUGCGGUUGGUUCUUCAGUAAUCUUCCCCUGUUCCUAUGACUACCCACGUAACUCUGAUGAAGUCCAGACAGAUGGGCGGCUCUCCGCACAGACAGGAAGCAGUGAAAAGAAAGUUUUGUCUAAGAUGUGGUGUCUCGGAGACAGUCGCUGCUUAACGAAAAGCUAUGUGUUCCACAGUGAAGGUAUUUUCCAGGAUCCAUCUUAUCAGAACCGGGUGAAGUACCUGGGACAACCAGGAAGCAAGAACUGCUCUCUGAGGAUUUCUAAUCUCAAAGAGUCAGACAGUGGAACAUACGUGUUUUACCUCAUCACCAACCAUAAGACGCAGAAGAUGCCUCCACAGACUGGCGUGCAGUUCUUAGCGGCAGCUACAUGCACUGCAGUUGCGGUCAUGGCGAGUCCAUCCCGUUUUGUCCUGGAGGGGACAGCCUUAAACCUGGCCUGUUGCAACCCAGCUGCCACUUCGCUAAGCCGCUUCGCAUGGUACAGUACCAAAGGUGCCAGGUUGGAAGGUGCUGGACCGGUGUGGAAGACCCGCAAAGUUACAACGGCUCAUUCUGGCAGCUACUACUGCCAAAUGCAGACUGGAGACGAAACGCAACGCUCAAAUGUUCUGGAAAUCGAUGUGCAGUACUCGCCUAGAAACAUAAUCCUCUCCACCUGGAGAGCAGAGAAGGAUCAUCGUGUGACUCUGACCUGCAGCAGUGAGGCCAACCCACUGGUCCUCACCUACUUUUGGUACCAGGGUGCAGCAUGUCUCCCAGCAGCAGACGUAAGCUUUUAUCGAGGAAGAUCCACCCAGGCUACAUUGACAGGAAGAGUCCCAAAACUCACCAGUGCCAACAUCACCACGGAGGACGAUGGGGAGCACUGCUGUGUGGCACGCAACAAACACGGCUUUCAGAAAGCCAGCUUGAUUCUGCCCAGCUUCGAAGUGGCCGACUCUCCAGAAAGGACAAUUUUGGUGACUGGAUUAACUAUUGGGGUCGUGCUGGCUAGUGCUGCGUUAGCUGCCUUUUUUAUGAUAAGGAAAAAGAAGAAAGCCAGAAGACAGCCAGACAGUGUCGCAGACACUGUCACAGUUGUCCUCACUGUUGUCCUCACUGGGACCACUGUGACAGAGUGAAGGAACUGCUUUGAUUAUGUGUGCCAACACACACGUUGGGUAACACAGUAACACAAUGUUGAGAACUAAUGGAUGCAUGAGAUGUCGGAUCAUCCUGCCCUGUAAACCCCCCAUAUUCAUAAAGUUACACAAUGCAACCUAUUUUGGGAUUUUUGAAACAAAAAAGGACCAGAGUUUCCUAACCCUGGUCCCCAAAGCGCGCUGCCCGGCUUGUUUUAGAAGUGUCUCUGCUUUUACACACCUGAUUCAGAUCAUUACUGUUCAGCAACAGGCCUCUAAAUCAGGGGUGUCCAAAGUGGGUCCUGGAGGGCCGGCAUCCUGCAUGUUUCAGUUUUCUCCCUGGUGGUAGAAACAGCCUUCUCAGCAUGUCAGUGUUCUCCUGAGGCCUCUAACGAGCCAUCAUUUGAUCCAGGUGCAUUAAUCCAGGGAGAGAACUAAAACACACAGGAUGCCAGCCCUCCAGGACCCACUUUGGACACCCCUGCUCUAAAUGAUGUUCCCCCUACGGAGGGCUAAAAGGGCCACAAUUCCACCCAAAAAAAAAUGAAAUAGUAAAUAUAAUUGGGAGAUUAAAUGAAAGCUAAAAAUAGAUAUUAUAUUGAACAAAUAUACAUAUUUUACCCAGUCCAAGUGUUAUCCCUUCCCAGACUUUACAUAAACCAGGUGACUGUAAAUAAUUAAGUGGUCCUUUUAAUUAUUAAAUAACUUGUCCUGACCUGGUAUUUAUCUGUAUAUUUUAAAGGUCUAGAUGAGUUAUUAGAAGUACUUAGAUGUGGAAAUCAAAUUUCAUUUUGAAAAUAACUAUGCAGCAUAUUAAUUUAUAUGGGUUGUUUUUUAUAUAUCCAUAUAUAUUUUUUUUACAUGAAUAGAUAUUUCUUUUACGAUUUUUUUAUGUUUUGCAUUUAGGCUGAUUUGGUCCAUUAUAAAUGAAUACUUGAAGGUGCAAAUUGUUUGUGUCUGGGAUUACUGCUGUUGAUAUUUGAGCUCAACAUGCCAAAUAUCAACAUGGCAUGGCAUGUGUGCCUAAUCGUACUUGUAGCAAAUUCAUUUAUGAUGUCUUUUAAGUCUAGUUUCUUGGGAAGUUGACUUUCUGUGGGAAGAAGAGUUAAUUUUACUGAUGUAUGCAUUACUUCUUUCUUUAUUUCCUAGCAAUUUCUUGCCCAUGAUCAAGUCUAAUCAUGAACCUUUUAUAAAAAUAUUUCUCAUAGUAUCCUUCAAACCUUUUCUGUGCACCACAUUUAAAUGAACCUAGCAUUUUAAACGUUACUUCAUGGCUCAAUACAUUAAAAGUCAAAAGUU